AUGAGCAUGAUCAAAGUUACACCGCCAAAGAAAAGGCCGGUUCGAUCAAAUGCAGCGAAACUCAAAACACUUAUGCGCCAGCGAGCAAACAUUCUCGGCUCCGCUGCGUUGAUUAAAAAGUUCAAUGAUCAAUUUCGAGAGGGCCAAGGGCAUCAAGUACAAGUGAGGAUCGAUUCUCUUGAUCAAUUAUGGGGAGACUUUGCGAGUGUUCAAGAUGAUAUCGAAGAGUCCGACGAACGAAUCCAGUUCCAGGAUCUAUAUUUUGAUCUCAAGGCUUCUCUGGUCACACCAUUGCAUUCGGUGCGUUUGCCUGAAAUUAACAUCCCUGAGUUCUCCGGUAACCCAUCCGAGUGGAUUGCCUUUCGGGACAUCUUCAAGUCUAUGAUCCACACUAGUCUCCAUUUGACACCUGUGCAGAAAAUGCACUAUCUGAAGGCUGCACUUAGAGGGGAAGCUGCUCGUAUUGUUGCUAAUUUAGAGGUUAAUGCCGCCAAUUUCACGAUCGCAUGGAAAUCGGUUUGUGAGCGGUAUGAUAACCCAAACUUGCUACUCAAACAUCAUUUUGCAACCUUGUUCACCAUUCCCAAUGUAAAAAAGGCUUCUUCGUCCGCUUUAUACGAUCUAGUGGACGAAUUUGAUCACCAUGUGGGUAUUUUGGAGAAAUUAGACACACCAGCAAAUCUCUGGAAUACAGUACUCGUUGAAAGUCUCAGUAAGCGACUCGAUCCAGUAACAUUGAAAGAAUGGGAGAACAAUUGUGAAGGGGAUGCAAGACCAACUUAUCAAAAUUUGAUUGACUUUGUUCGAAAAACGUCGAGGGUGUUACAAUCAGUAAAACAGUUGCACAAUUGUAACCAACCGGUUGACUUGAAACCUGUCAGGCCCAAACCAAUUUCCUCACACAUCACGACUGAGACCACAUUCAAAUGCCAAUUAUGUAAACAUGCCCACCCACUGUUUAAAUGUGAUCAAUUUCUCGGAAUGGAAGCCAAGCAGCGGUUUGAGUUGGUGAAGAAGCAUGGAUUGUGCAUAAAUUGUCUGAAGGGAUCACACCUGGCGAAGAAUUGCAGUAGUAGCUGUUGCAGAAAUUGUUCGAAGAAACAUCACACGCUGCUGCAUUUGCCUCCUCUUCAUACGGGCCAUAAGCCUGCUACGCAAACAUCUUUAGCCUGUUCAGCUGUAACCAGUGACGUGAUUCCUUCAGGACAACGGUUGUCGCAUACAAGUUCGUUCGCAUCGCAAUCAUGCCCUUCACCACCUCCGUCGCAAGUCGUCUCGCGCGCGAUGGAUUCGGUAUCGGCUUAUACGUAUUCGGUCGUCGUCGCUCCCUCCCCGCCGCCGGUUGGUUCGUCCGUAUCGUAUUCGAUCGGUAGUUCGGCAGUCGAAAAGAACACUUUGCCUAUGGCUGCAUAUGUUGCACCGAAGAAAGAUUCCGUCGAUUGUAAGGGUGAAGUGUUUCUUUCAACGGUAGUUGUGAAGGUGAAAGGCACUACUGGUGGUUCGCACUUCAUUCGUGGAGUUUUAGACAGCUGUUCACAAGCCAACUUUAUCUCUGAAGCUAUGGCAAGAAGGCUUGAGUUGAAACGUGAUAAUAUAAAUAUGCAAGUAAGCGGUAUUGGACAAGGGAUCGUCCAUAUACGCUCUAAGGUGCAUAUCAAGAUUUCUUCGCGCUUUGGAAAAUUUGAUUAUCAUCUCGAAUGUCUCGUGAUUCCACAAAUUACAGUGACUGUUCCUAGUAAUCAUGUUGACAUUUCUCGUUGGAAUAUCCCUGACAACAUCCCGUUAGCAGAUCCUCGUUUCAAUAUAAGUGCUGGUGUUGACCUUCUUAUAGGUGCAGAGCUGUUCUACACGUUACUGGAAAGCCACAAGGUGCGUCUGUCUGAGGGAUAUCCUACAUUGCAACAGACGGUUUUCGGAUACGUUGUCGUUGGUAAAUUGUUGGAGCCAGCUAAUCCAUCGUCGAUAUGCAUCGUGAGCACUUCGAGGAGUCUUGAAACUACUUUACACCGUUUUUGGGAAGUAGAAAACUUUGAUGACGGCAAAUCUAUGACUCCACUAGAGCAGGUGUGUGAAGACCACUUCAAGAAAACUGUUUCUAGAGCAAAUGACGGUCGGUACAUGGUCCGUCUUCCUGUGCGCGAAGAACUUCUACCGCUGCUGGGAGAGUCAUAUGCAGUGGCUCAACGCAGAUUACUGGCAAUCGAAAGGAAAUUCACAUUGAACAGUGAAUUCAAAAGGGAAUAUAUAGACUUUAUGGAAGAAUAUCGCAAUCUAGGUCAUAUGGAACUGAGUGCUCGCAUCGAACAUCCCCAGUUUUUCCUACCACACCACGCUAUUCAUCGUCCAGAGAACUCAACAACGAAAACGAGAGUAGUAUUUGAUGCAACAUGCAAGGGUAGUACUCAAAUGUCUCUGAACGAUGUUCUACUCGUCGGCCCGAUUGUCCAGCCAUCGCUUCUCGCUACCGUACUCAAUUUUCGAGCACCAAAGUUCGUAUUUAUAGCCGAUAUUGAAAACAUGUUUCGGCAAGUGUGCGUACAUCCGACAGACCGCAAACUGCAGCAAAUUCUCUGGAGAUCGGAUGCGUCGCAGCCCCUACAGCGGUAUCAGCUUACCACAAUCACUUAUGGGACAUCAAGCGCUCCGUACCUAGCUACCCGCGUGCUAAACCAACUCGCAGAAGAUGAAUGA